AGCUGGACGUAACAAUGGAAGGAGGCAUACUAGAAAGCCCAGAGACCACUCUGGAGAGAUCCGACGAUGAAUUCCCCUUCCAAGGAUGUUGCAGUCCAAAAAGUCGUCUGUUCAAACUUACUGGUCUGGCACUGAUGUGCUUUUUAGGUUUUGGUCCAUACUUCUGUUUUGACAAUCCUGCUGCUUUGCAAGAUAAUUUUAAAACUGAUCUACAUAUGUCGACUACCAAAUUUAUUUUAUUGUAUUCCAUUUACUCUUGGCCAACAGUAAUUUUUUGUUUUAUUAGUGGAUUUUUAUUGGACAGCGUAUUUGGUAUACGUUUAGGUACAUCUAUAUAUAUGGGAAUUACACUUAUCGGCCAGAUUAUAUUUGCAACAGGGGCUUUAAUAGAUACUUUCUGGAUGAUGAUGCUUGGCCGCUUUGUUUUGGGUAUCGGUGCAGAAUCAUUGGCCGUUGCUCAGAAUAAUUAUGCUGUCUUGUGGUUCAAAGGAAAAGAGCUCAACUUUGCAUUUGGUCUCCAACUGAGUAUUACUAGGCUUGGAUCAACUGUGAACUUUUUAGUAAUGGAACCACUUUAUAAUUAUGUUUCUCAGUAUUACAAAGGACCAGAAUGUAUCGGCAUAGUUCUCUUUAUUGCUACUCUUACAUGUGUGGGUUCUAUGAUCUUUGCAAUUAUAUUGGGUAUUAUGGAUAAACAUGCAGAAAGAGUAUUGAGAAAGGGUGAGGGACAAGAAACCGAGAUCGUUAGACUAACAGAUGUUAAGAAUUUUAAAUUAAUCUUUUGGCUGAUUACUAUCAUUUGCAUUGCUUAUUACGUUGCAAUAUUCCCGUUCAUCGCCUUAGGAAAAGUAUUCUUUGAACGGAAAUAUGCGUUUGAACCAUCAGACGCGAAUUCAGUCAACUCCCUCGUAUAUUCCAUAUCAGCUAUUGCGUCCCCCCUUUUUGGCUAUCUCGUUGAUAGAACAGGGAAGAACAUCUCUUGGUUAUUUAUCAGUAUUCUUCUAACUAUAGCUGCUCAUGGGCUACUCGCAUUCACAUUUGUGAAUCCUUACAUAAGCAUGAUUCUUAUGGGAAUAGCAUAUUCUAUGCUUGCUAGUAGUUUAUGGCCAUUGAUUGCGCUUGUUAUCCCAGAAUAUCAGCUUGGUACUGCUUAUGGACUUGCACAGUCUGUACAAAAUCUGGGUAUGGCUAUAGUUUCAAUUUUAGCUGGUAUGAUUGUUGAUCAGCUUGGAUAUCUCAUACUCGAGAUGUUUUUCUUGGGUUGGCUAUGGAUUUCGUUGAUAACCGCUGUUGCAAUCUGGAUGUCAGAUUUAUCAACUAGUGGUGGUUAUCUGAAUAUGACGCCAGGUCAGAGAGAAAAAUAUGAAGAAAUGCAGCGUUCACCGGAAAGUCUUGAAAGAAGGAAAUUAUUAGCCCCAGAAUCUACUUCGGAUUUAUCGACUGAUGAUCUUUUACAACCACAAUCUGACAUUAGCAUUAGGAAUCGUUACCUUUAUCGCAUUGGAGGAAUGGUACCACCUAAGAAAACACCGAUUUAUCGACCAUUACGAUGAUGAAUUUUGGUUAGAAAAAUUUGAAAUAUAAAUUUAUAAAUGUCCGUGUAGAAUCUCGGUAAAAGAGUUUGCUCAUCGGGUCUUCCUC